AUGGUUUCUGAUGCAAGCAAGAAGAAGGCGGCUCAAAAGAAGGCUGCAGCUGCCGUUAAGAUAGGAGGCAAGGCCACUGCUGUUGCCGCGUCGAAGAAGGCGGAGGCAAUUGGUAAGGUGAAUCGGAGUUCGAGUUCCGAUAACUUGGCUAAUGGAAUGGGGGCUCUUGCGAUUUCUGAUCGGACGUGUACUGGCGUUCUUUGUUCCCAUCCUUUGACUAGAGAUAUUCGGAUAGAGUCUCUAUCACUUACUUUUCAUGGGCAUGAUCUUAUUGUUGAUUCAGAGCUAGAGCUCAACUAUGGGAGAUUUGGAAGCAUGUGUUUGGCUAGAGGAAACCCUGAAGAAGUUCGAGCGCACUUGUUGUGA